AUGUCCGAGGGUCUCUUUUUCAACGUUACCACCGGCUACAUUGAGGGUGUCGUGCGCGGCUACCGAAACACGUUAUUGACGGGUCAACAAUACAGCAACCUGGCACAAUGCGAGACCAUCGAUGAUGUGAAGCUUCAACUAGGCCCAGCAUAUGGUGACUUCCUCGCCGACCUCCCGCCGAACCCUUCAACGAGUGCCCUCGCCGACAAGUUGCUCGACAAGCUUGUUAAUGAGUUCCGCUACGUUCAGGCCAACGCUACUGGUUCUCUGUCCAAGUUCAUGGAGUUUUUGACCUACGGAUACAUGAUUGACAAUGUCGCCCUCCUCAUUACUGGAACACUGCACGAGAGAGACACCCGCGAACUGCUCGAUCGAUGCCACCCCCUCGGCUGGUUCGAGACCAUGCCCGCCCUUUGCGUCGCCACAAACAUUGAAGAGUUGUACAACAGCGUUCUGAUCGAGACUCCUCUGGCUCCUUACUUCAAGGGCUCUCUCAGCCACCAAGACCUUGACGAGCUCAACAUUGAAAUCAUUCGCAACACUCUCUACAAGAACUACCUCGAGGACUUCCACAACUGGGUCAACACCCACUCUGGCGUUGCUGGCAGCCCAACCGCCGAAGUCAUGUCCGAAAUUCUCGAGUUCGAGGCCGACCGUAGAAGCAUCAACAUCACACUCAACUCUUUCGGUACCGAUCUCUCAAAGCAAGACAGACAAAAGCUGUACCCGGGCUUUGGAAAGUUGCACCCUGAGGGAACCCUGAUGUUGUCAAGAGCAGAUGAUCCUGAGGCUGUCAGAAUUGCUGUUGAUGGUGUACAUGACUACCGCACUUUCUUCGAUCAGACUGGCAUGGGCUCAGGCUCCAACGUCGGCAACAUGGCUGGAGGUUCUGAUGAGGGCAAGAGUCUGGAAGAUCUCUUCUACCAGAAAGAGAUGGAACUGUCCAAGCUUGCUUUCACUCGUCAAUUCACCUACUCUGUGGUCUACUCAUGGGUGAAGCUAAGGGAGCAGGAAAUCCGCAACAUCACUUGGAUAGCAGAGUGCAUUGCCCAGAACCAGAAGGACAGAAUCGGCAACUACAUCAGCGUCUUCUAA